UCCACCUUCCCCCUCACCUCCCUUUCCGUGCGCAUAAAUAUACUCGCAAACGUCUCCAAGCUCUGAACUCUCUCUCUCUCUCUCUCUCUCUCUAAAACUGCCUCCUGCUCCACCCUCAAAUGCUCUGCAAAACUCUCUCUCUCUCUCUCUCAAAGCCUCCUAUGAUCUCCUUAUACUGCCAAAGACUGAUCAUCUCUCUCCGUAAUUGAGAUACGUACAAAGUGGAGGAUCCGUAUUUCUCUAGUUCUUGUUACUCUCAAUAUUCUCAGCGCUGUUCUUCAAAUUUAUAAUUGCUAUUGGUAAUAUGAAGCUUCGCAUUUGCAGAAGUUGAUCAUAUCCAAUCUAGUUCGGUUGCUGUUCUUGCUGUUUCAAUCUCGAAUCAUCUCCGAAGAAAGCAUUUUUUUUUUUUUUUUCCAGAACUGGCGUUCGAUUGUCGUUUUCAUCAAUUCUACGCCCGUUUAGGGUUUUGGAGACCGCGAGAGAGGAAGAGAGAGGGAAGGGGGCGUUGAAGCUCGCGCGCGUGAGGUGGUGAGCUCGCACGUGUGAGGGGAUCUCGUGAGGCUCGUGAAAGAUGCCUCACCGAACGACUUACUUCUUUCCGAGGCAGUUUCCUGAUCGGGGAUUUGAUGCGUCGGCGAAGAAGAUAUGGGAUCACGAGAAGAAGAUCACGAAAGAGAGCUUUAGUGUGGAUGGUGAGCGUAAAGGAGCCACCGAGGAGACUAGUGGGGGUGGUCGUAAGACCCCAUCAGCUGUAUCAGAUCUGUUCACGGGCGACAAGUUUCAAAGCAAGAAGCAAUUUGCGGCUUUUUACGGCUGGUUGGUUGAGAAGAAAGGGGAAAUACGAUCAUCAUCGGGUUACGGGAAGGCAAAGGUAAACGACGAUGACGAACGGGAGCUACUUAUCCCACCGGAAGCUGUGCCGGCUCCGGCGCCGGUGCCGGAGGUGGUAAUUACGAAAGAUCGGGGUUUCGACCGGCAGGCGUCGACGACGUUGCAGAGGCUGUCGAGUAUUGGGAGUAGCAGCUAUGCGGGGAGCUUGUUUUCGGGGACGACAUUGGAAGGAAUUGCGUCGAGCGUCGACGUUAAGGAUACGCAGGCCUCGGUGGUUUCGGAGACGACGACGACACUAAGGCAAGAUGAGGAGGAGCGGGAAGAGGAUGAGAGGAUUAGGGAAUCUCUGGCGGAGAAGACGAGGGAGAGUUAUUAUCUCCAGCUUACUCUUGCUAGGAGGCUGACUUCUCAUGCAUUGCUUGCCACCCAACCUUUGAUUUUGCAUGAGAGUGGGUUGGAGUUCUCUGGCAUUUCUUCUGAUGCCGAAACUGUAUCUUAUCGUCUUUGGAUUAGUGGUUGCUUGUCAUACACAGACAAGAUAUCAGAUGGAUUUUAUAACAUUAUUGGGAUGAAUCCGUAUCUGUGGGUGAUGUGCAAUGAAUUGGAGGAAGGUAGACGGUUGCCAUCUUUAAUGUCUUUGAAAGCUGUUGAACCCAGUGAGACAUCUAUGGAGGUGGUUCUUGUGGAUAGACAUGAGGACUCCCGCCUUAAAGAACUUCAGGACAAAGCUCAAGAACUGUAUUGUGCUUCGGAGAACACUUCAGUGCUGGUGGAGAAACUUGGCAAACUUGUUGCUAUCUAUAUGGGGGGUAGUUUUCCUGCGGAGCAAGGUGAUCUCCACAAGCGCUGGAAAUUGGUUAGUAGGAGAUUGAGGGAUUUUCAAAAAUGUAUUGUUCUCCCCAUUGGUAGCCUCUCAAUGGGACUCUGUAGACAUCGCGCAAUUCUAUUUAAGAAACUGGCAGAUCACAUAGGUUUGCCUUGCCGAAUAGCUCGAGGUUGCAAGUAUUGUGUGGCGGACCACCGUUCUUCUUGUCUUGUUAAAAUUGAAGAUGCAAGGCAGUUCCUGAGGGAAUAUGUAGUUGAUCUAGUUGGGGAACCGGGCAAUAUCCAUGGUCCAGAUUCCUCAAUCAAUGGGGGUUUAUUUUCAACAAUGCCUUCACCAUUUCAAAUUUCUCAUCUAAAAGAAUUCCGACAGCCUUAUGUGGAUAAUGCAUCGUGUACUCAAAUUCUAAACACAAAGGAUCCAUGUGCUUCUACUUCUGAAAAUCUUCUAUAUUCAGUAAACGGGAUAGAAAUUCAACAUAAUAGGGACAAUGACUUCCCUGAAAAUCAGAAGGAUUCUUUGAACGCUCCUAUUGCUCAAGAUCGUGGAGCAGUGGAAUCCACUGUGGUACCUUUUGAGUUCAAAGAGAAAACUGAUAGUUGCAUUCUUCAGAGUCCAGCAAUGCCUUUUCCCAAGGACAUUAUUUAUGAAGAUCUGGAUGUUGCUGCCAAGGCGUCAAUGCAUGAACAAUGGCUUGAUAGAGAGAAAGUUAUAAUAAGACAAUCUUACAAAGAAGAGAUUGUUGCUUCUGGAAGUUCAAAUGUGAACAUUGCUGGAAAGCAACCUAAAGUGGGCUUCUCUAGCCAACUAAAUGUCAAGGAAGUUGAGAACAGAGUUGAGAGUCAAGGCAGAUUCACUGCUCUAGCCAUCCCUAGAUAUUUGAAUCUUGAGCCCUCUCUUGCAAUGGACUGGCUAGAGAUAUCAUGGGAUGAAUUGCAUAUAAAGGAGCGUGUUGGUGCUGGUUCAUUUGGGACUGUGCACCGCGCUGAAUGGCAUGGAUCGGAUGUUGCAGUCAAGGUUCUAACUGUCCAGGAUUUUCAAGAUGAUCAAUUGAAGGAGUUCCUUAGAGAGGUUGCAAUAAUGAAACGUGUCCGCCAUCCAAAUGUGGUUCUCUUCAUGGGUGCAGUUACAAAGCGUCCACAUCUUUCAAUUGUUACAGAAUAUCUUCCUAGGGGCAGUAUGUAUCGCCUCAUUCACAGACCAACUUCAGGGGAAGUUUUGGAUCAUAGGAGGAGGUUACGAAUGGCAUUAGAUGUGGCCAAGGGGAUCAAUUAUUUGCAUCGUUUGAAUCCUCCAAUAGUGCAUUGGGAUCUUAAAUCUCCAAAUUUAUUGGUUGAUAAAAAUUGGACAGUAAAGGUGUGUGAUUUUGGGUUGUCCAGAUUCAAAGCUAAUACAUUUAUACCAUCAAAAUCUGUUGCUGGAACAGUAGAGAAUUUUCUUCGCACUGCAUCAAUCAGCUUGUAACUCUCUUGGUUUUCAUUUCAGCCUGAGUGGAUGGCCCCAGAAUUCCUCCGUGGAGAGCCCUCAAAUGAGAAAUCUGAUGUUUACAGUUUUGGAGUCAUCCUAUGGGAGCUUUUGACCAUGCAGCAGCCAUGGAAUGGACUUAGCCCUGCACAGGUAUGAUCAAUAAGCAUUUGCAUUCCAUUGAACGUAUGUUAUGGUGGUAGGAGGUUCUGGUGAUCAAAUGCUCAUUCUUACAUCAGUUGGUUGGAUGUAGCAAAUUCUUCAGUUGGUUGGAUGUAGCAAAUUCUUCAGUAGCAAGCCAUCUAACUAUAAUUGUUAGGGCAGGACACAUGUUGUGCUGUGCAUUUCUCUUUUUGACCCUUGUUGACAUGACAUCUCAAAUUUUCAGGUGGUUGGAGCUGUAGCUUUCCAAAAUAGAAGGCUUGCUAUCCCGCAAAAUACAUCCCCCAAGUUGGCCAGCCUCAUGGAAUCUUGCUGGGCGGAGUAAGAUUACCAGUCCUCUAGUUAACUAUGACAUGCUACACCAACCAAUUAACACAGAAAACCUGUCAAAAUUCAAUUCACAUAUGGAGGACUACUCUUUAGCUUUCAUAAGACUUGGCUGGAAGCACUUUUCAACAUUAGUUUUGCAGUGCAGUAAAUUAUGUGCUGUUAGACAUGAAAGAAAGGCUGCAAAAAUAAAAAGAAAAUUAAAAAAAGCGAAAAAUUAGAGAUGUGGUUGGCAUGGACACCAACUUCGAGAGGGUAGGACACAUUUUCUGCUACAUAAAUGAUGUACUCUCAAAACAUAUUAGGAUAAGAAGUGAGUUAUUAGGAUUCCUACUCAAAUCUCCUAAAAUCGUGGAGUUAUAUUUAGAUUUGUCUUGGAGUCUCUUUUUGUGACUGACUUUCUUAAACGUACACUAAAUUAAUUUAUCUGCACUUGGGGUGCUGGACCUAUUAGAAGGCAAUGAAGGAUGGGUGUGUGUGUGUGUGUGGGGUGGGGAGAGAGCUUUCAAAAAAUUCUAGGUGGGGAUGCUCCAAAGUCUCAAAUGGGCAUUUCUUGAUGGGAACCAUGGUAGAACCCCACUUUGUCUCUCUCUUGGAUCAUUUCUAAUUCAUAAAUUGCAAGGGAGUGUUUCUUGCAGUGGUUUAUUAGUUCUUUUAUUUUUAUACAUCAUCCUUGGGAAAGUACUUGUGAUUGGAGUAGUUCGUCACAUUUCCUCCCUCCGAACAAACGGAAGAUAAGAGGCAUCAUAGUAUAUAUAUAUAUAUAUCAAUAACCUUUUUCUUUGUGAUUAAAUUUAUUAUAGUUCGAGUUUCAUAUCCU